CCUCACUACAGAAUUUGCACAUUACAGCGCAAUUUAUUACUAGCGACGCGCGACUUCCGGUUAGCCUUGUUCCCAGGAGGGGGGUCCGAUAUGGGAAUUUUGCAAUUUCGCUAUGAGCGGUGUAUUAUCAUGCUUGUUGCUGUCAUGUGUUGCUGUGCAAAAUGUGCUUAGGAUGACGUAAAUAUACUGCAAAACAUGCAUAAGCCAGUAUUCCUGAAACCGAGUGGAGGACGAGGUGGAAAAGACUUCUGGAACGAUGAGUGGAUCGUUGAGGACACGCCUUCAAAGUCUGAGCAUACCUCAGUUGUUUACAAUCCAAAUAUAUCUCUGUCAAUACACCAGCAGAGAGAGAGGCUCCCAGUAUUCAAAAAUCGGACCCACAUCCUGUACCUCUUGGAGAAGCACCAGGUGCUUAUCAUUACAGGCGAGACUGGCAGUGGCAAAAGUACGCAAAUCCCGCAGUACCUUAUGGAAGCAGGCUGGGCUGGAAAAGGACAAGCCAUUGCCAUCACUCAACCCAGAAGAGUAGCAGCCAUAUCACUUGCUGGACGAGUAGCGGAAGAAGUAGGAUGCUUGGUUGGAGAAAGUGUUGGAUACUGUGUAAGAUUUGACGACUGCACAGACAAGGAGUUUACAAAAAUCAAGUUUAUGACUGAAGGGAUCCUGAUCAACGAAAUAAUGACCAAACCACUGCUUCCCUCAUACACCGUGGUAAUGUUGGACGAGGCACACGAAAGGACGUUGUCCGCUGACAUAUGCCUAGGGUUGAUGAAGAAGAUCUUGAAGAAACGACCAGAUCUGAGACUCAUCGUAUCUUCUGCUACCCUUGAUGCAGAGGUUCUCAGAGACUUUUUCAGCAGUGGUAUUGAAAGCAAAAGCAUUUCUGCUGCGAUACUGAGCAUUCAAGGAAGAGCUUACCCUGUUGACAUCUAUUACUUAAAUGAGCCUGUGCCAAACUACGUGAAAGCAUCUGUCGACACUGUGAUCAAGAUACACGAAGGGCAACCUGCUGGGCAUGUUCUGGUCUUUCUCACGGGCCAAGAAGAAGUUGAUGAAGCUGUUGACAUGCUAAAAGAAUAUGCAAAGAAUAGAAAAGCCACACCUGGUGUUAUGGGCAUGUAUGCACUUCGCCUUUAUGGGUCAUUGCCGCAGUCGGAGCAGAUGAAAGCCUUUCAACCCUUGAGCCCCAAAGUGAGAAAAGUUGUUGUUGCAACAAAUAUUGCCGAGGCAUCUGUCACUAUUAAUGGCAUUGUGUAUGUGGUUGACAGUGGCUUCGUCAAGCUAAACUUCUUCAAUCCACGAACAAGUACUGAUGCUUUGGUUGUCGUACCUAUAUCACAGUCUUCAGCUGAGCAGCGGGCAGGAAGAGCAGGCAGGGUAUGCUCUGGAAAAGUGUACAGGCUAUACAGAGAAGAGGAUUUCAAAACACUUGCUCCGCACACUGUGCCAGAAAUUCAGCGUAGCAGUCUGGCCACAUUUGUUCUUCAACUCAAGUCUCUUGGCGUUGACAACGUAGCUCGGUUUGAUUUUCCUGCUGCACCACCAUCGAGGAUAAUGAUAAAUGCACUAGAACUAGACUAUGCAUUAGGAGCCCUUGACAAGCAUGGGAACCUAACAGAAUUGGGAGCCAAGAUGGUCACAUUUCCCGUUUCAACAAUGCAAGCUAAAAUGCUUCUAUCUUCUGGUGACUUUGGCUGUUCGGAAGAAGCCCUCACAAUUGUGUCCAUGCUGCAAAUAGAAUCCAUAUUUUUAUCACCAAGCAAUAGAAGGGUAGAGGCUCGAAAAGCAAAGUACAAAUUCUCAGUAUUGGAGGGUGACCUUCUCACAUUGCUAAAUGUGUACAAUACAUUUAUUCAGAAAGGAAAAGAGAAGCAGUGGUGUGGUCAGAUGUACCUUAAUUACAAGGGACUCUUGAGGGCAUUUGAGAUCAGAAAGCAGCUACGUGGACUGCUUGUCAAGUGCAAAGUGCCAAUUGUAUCAUGUGAUGGAGACGCAGAUACUAUCUGUAGGUGCAUAGUCGCAGGCCAUUUUGCCAAUGCUGCCUAUCUCCAUUAUUCUGGGGAGUACAGAACCGUGUGCGGAGAUCACACCCUCGCCAUCCAUCCAACAUCUGUGCUUUAUACUCAGAAACAGCCAAAAUGGGUUGUAUUUGGAGAGCUGGUGCAGACGAGCAGAGAGUUUAUGAGGAACAUCACUGCUGUCGAGUCAACCUGGUUACAUGAACUUGCACCAAAUUUCUACGAUUUCGGAACAGAUGUUGAUGCUACAAGGGGAACAUUGUUAUGAUGACACGCUGAUCCUUCUGGGUCCGCAUAUCGGCUCACGGUGGCGGCAUAAAUAAAGCGUGAAAAAUAAAAGCACCUCUGUAAAUAUU